AUGAUAACAAUGGGAGAUGAAAAGACUCUAGGAUCCGAAGACGUCGAGGUACGAAGCAAUGAAGAAAGACUGUUAAAACAAAAAGUAAUUAAGUUUGCUUUACAAAAAAAAUCCACUGCAUUAUUAGCUCAUUUGGGGAGAAGUAAACUCGGGUUUGCUGACAAUGAAGUCAGGCCAAAAUGUUGGUCUCAAUUAUUGAAUAACCAAUUGAAGAAAUCAAGUGAGUACAAAAGGCAACAACUGGACAUUGUUCUAAACUCCAAAGAAGUGCACAUGGAUGAACACCAGGUUCAAUUAGAUGUUAAUCGUUCAUUUAUAACAAUAGAGACACCAAUUAUAAGAAAUAAUUUAAGGUUUAUUUUGAACUAUUUUAUAAUAAAAAUAUUACGUUUGCAUCCAAAUUUGAGAUAUUAUCAAGGUUAUCAUGAUAUUAUCUCAGUAAUAAUAGUGGUUUACCUUAAUAUGUCAUUAAUAAAUGAACAAUUGAAAUGGAAUGUACCCAUAAAUGAUGUAAAUGAAAUUAUGUCUUCACUCACCGAAACUGAAUUGUUCAACGCAAUUGAAAGUUUUACUCUUUUAUAUCUAAGAGACUUUAUGACUGAUUCUCUCUAUUUUACAAUAGAUCAAUUGAAUAUCAUACCCAAACUAAUUAAAGACAGAGACAUAUUUCUGUUUAACAAAUUUAAAUUAGAUCAAUUACAACCAUUCUAUGCGACAUCUUCCCUUUUGACUGUUUACUCUCACGAUUUAAAAAUUGAAGACAAAACAUUUGACAACAAUAUAUUAUUCUCAAUUUUUGAUAUGAUUAUAUCUCAUAGAAAUAUGGCGAUUCCAUUAGUCAUAUACUCUAACUUCAUAGUUAAUGCCAAAGAAGAACUUUUAAAAGCGUACGAGUCAAACAUAAGUAAUUUUGAGAACCAGAAUGAUCUUAUAAAUGUAAUAAUCCAAAAGCAAACGUUGAAUGAUAUUUUUAAUGAUAAAACUUGGGAUGAUGUGCUUUCAUUAACGAGACAAAAUGUAUUGAUUAAUACCAGUUAUUUGAAAACUAGUAAUGUCAAUAAAUAUAGUGUCUUGUACAACACUGGUUCUGGUAAGGAUCAACCACUUACUAACUAUAAUAUAAAAACUGUUUUAAACUACAUGAAGAAUGAAUUAAUAAUUAAUGAAAAGAGAAAGAUUCAAAUAGUCAGAUCGAAAAAAUUCCAACUAUUAAGAUCCAAUAUUUCCAAAAGCAUUAUGAGGAUGAAGUUACCGAUGGUAUAUCAAAUAACUUUAGUUGUUUUACUAUUAUUAUGUUCUUCGUACUAUCGUCAUUUCCCAAACUAUUCUUACAACAUUGAUUUCUUCAAACAAUUCGAAGGAAAUAAUGUCUGUCACAAUCUCUAUAUUCAUUUUCACAGAUUAAGCAAAGAUAUCUUGGCGUCAAUUAAUAGAUUGAUAGCAAAAACGUAA